CACCUGUCAUGUUUACAGGUUUAAUCUCACUAGCCCUAAACUAAAGAAGCUUCAAACUUAUUUGAUAACCCCUCUACCAAAACGUCCUGCUCCAUUGGUAUUUUCAUGAUUUGAUUCUUACUGAAGAUGGGCACAAAAUGAGUCUUGAAGGUUAUUUAAAAACCCAACUGCUUCAGCAGGAGUGCCAUUUUACUUGGUCUCUGAGAGAAGAAGAAGACUUUUUUCUCUGUGAUUUACUGAAUCGUCUGGAGGAACAGAUUCAGUUGGAAUCUAACGAGGCGAGAGUAACACGAGCUUACAGCAGCUUUGGAUUUGUUCAGUAUCUCUAUGGCAAUCAGAAAGAAGCUCUCGCAAAUCUGCAGAAAUCAGUGCAGCUCGCAGAGGAACACUACAAAGACAGUGAUGAAGUUCUUAUUGUUACCUAUGGAGACCUUGCCUGGCUGCAUUAUCAUAUGAAUGAUUUUUCUACAUGUCAAGAGUAUUUGAGACAGCUAGAGAGGAUCCAUAGGAAAUUUUCUGAAGGAUUCACUCAUACUGUGGAGGUACUCAGAGAAAAGGGUUGGGUUUUUCUUAAAUUCUCUCACAAAUACUCCAAUGCGGCAAAGGAAUGCUUUAGACAGGCUCUUGAACUGAACCCUGAUGACAGUGAUUUAAAUACAGGCUAUGCUAUUGCCCUGUACCGCACGACCAAUGAGACCUCUGACCCUUCAGACUCGCCAACAAUAAAACAGCUCAGAAGAGCCAUAGAGCUGAAUCCAGAUGAUGCUGUUCUAUUAGUGUUGCUAGCUCUGAGAAUGCUGCAUGACAGAGAUGAUAAAAAGAUGCUCGAUACUGCAUGGAAGAUGGUGAUUAUGGCGCUGGUGAAGUCCCCUGAAAAUCCACAUGUCAUAAGAUAUGCAGCAAAAUUUUGCCGGCAAUUAGGAAACAUGGACGCUGCCAUUGCUCUACUGAAAGAAGCCCUGCAGUCUACUCCAAGCUCAGCCUUUAUACACCAUCAGUUGGCUUUGUGUUACAGAAACAAAAAAAUAUUCCUGAAAAAGAAAUAUAGGAAACCUGGUAAAACAGAGUUUGAUGUUGAAGAGUCAUAUGAAAUACAGCAAUACCUGCAAAAGUGCAUCUAUCAUCUGGACAGGGCGAUUUCCCUAAAGCCCUCUUUCAUUAUUGCCAUGGCAGAAUUAGCACUGCAUUACGGACAACUUGGUACAACUUGGUACUUCAAAGCUGAGAGUCUUUUUGAAGAAGCAUUUAAAUUGGCUAAUAAGGAAAAGCAACACCUGCAGGCAGUUCAUUCCUUGUAUGGCCAAUACCAGCUCUACAGCAAAAGUUCUGAACAACUGUCCAUCUAUCAUUUCAUGCAAGGUCUGAGGUUGCAGCCAAAAUCAGACGAAGGCAAGUUUUGUGAGGAGAACCUAAACAAGGUGAUUGAACAUCGUAUUGGAAGGGUGAAAACCCCGGAUGUCAGCAAGGUGUGUGCUGUACAAGGAUUCAUUCAUGAAGUGAAGGGUGAAAAACUCAAGGCUGAAGAGUUUUAUGAGAGAGCCCUAACAAAAGGGCUUGAUUUCGGUGAAAGCUGUCUUCUUACAGAGAUGAGGAUUUGGCUCAUGAGUUUCAGUGAAACAGAAAAAUCCAUUUUAAACCUGAUUUUUGAUGGAGGAAGUUAUGAUGAAGAUGGCAGUGGUAGGCUUAAGAUUUUCAAAGGUUCAAUGAACAAGAAGAUUGUGCACUUGGUUGAUAUUGAUAUUUGUAAUGCCAAGAGGAUUCUUAGAUGGGAAAAGCUGGCUCCUGGGCCUCAUGCCAUUCUGCUUGCAUUUACUCUGCAUGAAGGCCAAUUCACAGACCAGACCAAAGAGAUUCUUGAAAAGUUAGAGUUUCUUGGAGAGAAGUUUUGGAAUCACGUCAUUGUAGUAUUUACAGAGGGAGAGUGUCGUAUAAACAAAUAUACUGGAGCUCAGAGAAGUGUAUUGGAGUGGAUUCAUGAAAAAUGUGGACACAAAACAUACAUCUGUGGCUCUGAACCAGAACCUACAGAAAGGAGAGAGCUUUCAGAGAGGAUACAGAGAAUGAUUUGGGGAAAUAAUUCAAUGCAUCUGGUAUUACCAGAAAUUUCAGAUGGAGAUUCUCAGUCCCCUUCAGACAUUUUAAGGAAGCUAGAUGUAAAAGAUUACUUGUUCACUCCCGAGGUUAUCUUUCAGGAGGGGCAAAGUAAAUACAGGUUACAGAGCAGCCAUGCAGGCUGGUUCUAUUGUGAGUUUACAAAGCUUGGUUUUAACAUGAAGGGUGAAGGGGAGGUGCUGUACAGCACUGUUCUUCAGGACAAUGACUGUCCAGUCCCUGCCAACCAUUACCAAGCAGGACCCCUGUAUGAUAUCAAAUGUGUUCAGGGUGAGCUGUCUCAUCUCAGUCUACCUCACUGUGAGACCUCCAUCGAGGAUGCCUACUACUUCAUGUCAGUUAUACAUUACACUGAUCAGAUUGUUGAUAUUCUGAAACCUCAGAAUAUCACGAGAACACAUGUUUCAGUGAGCAUCCCAGGAACGUCAACAUUUUUUAUUUCCAAAAUACAAAACUGGUUUAUGGGUGAUUGGUCUAAGACAUAUGGGCAAGUGAUGCUGUUCUACUUAAAGGAAACACAUAGGCUGCAUGUGUUUCUACAACCACGCAAUGUGGACCCCAGAGAAGUGAGAAAAUGUAAUAAAGAUUAUACACUAAUCCAGUCAGCUUGUGAAUGCAUGCUCACAUAUAACUGUGAGUACAGCAUGUCCUGUGAUCCUGUGGAGGAACAUGAACUUUCAGAGAGGCCAGUAUCAAUGAUACAACCGCAGGUCACAAAACUUCGCUGUGCAAAGCAGUGGAAACAUUACUAUCCAACAUUUGAUAUAAAGUUACCAAAUGGUGUGAUGAAUGUGGGAUUACGCCUCAAAAAGAAAAAACCCAAGAAAGUAGAGGUUAAAGUUGAAUGGAGUCUUGACAUAGCACUGGCUGACUAUAUAGUAGAAAACAGCAGACUGAACCUAUCAACCGAUGAGCAGUGUGUAUCCUUUCUGAAAAACAACAAAGCUGCACUUAUCCGAAGGGUGAAAAAUGUUGAUGCCAUUUUAGAUCACCUCUGUGAAAUCAUUGCAGACGAACUGUUAAGUGAAACCAGAGCAAUGACAACACCUCAGAGUAAAAUGAGGAGCAUCUUUGAGAUCAUAGAAACACGAGAUUUUUCGUCACAACUGAUAUUUUUCAACGCGCUUUAUGAAGCAGAAAAAGCUCUUAUAGAAGAAAUGAGAACAGACAAUAACUAAGGCAACAACAGAGCUACUAAACAGAAUAAUGUAGCAAUUUAUGUUCAUUUGUCAAAGAAUUGUUAUAUUGUCAUUGACAGAACCUGACAGUCUUUUAAUAUUUUGGGGUGUAAUGCUACUGCUUUACUGUGUAAUGUGAGAAUGAUUGCGAUGAUGGGUUUGUACGAUCACCUGUAAGUUACCUGUAAAUAAUUGUAUAAGUUAUCAGUAAUUGUUUCAGAUGAAAUAUCAAUAUAAAUAUAUUCUUUAAAUGAUAAAAGUUGAUAAAUCAUGUAUAUCGUGUCUGAAGUAAUGAUGUGUAAACUGCAGAGAAUGUGUUUUUAUAAGCAAUUUGGUUCAGAUAUUUUGCAUUGAUAUUUGUAAUUGAAACAAACACAACUGAUCUACCUGUUAUUUUGUGGGAAUUGCUGAUAAAUCAAUGUUUAAUUUAUAAAUGCAGAUGUUUGAUGACUGUCCCACUGUACUGAGGGUCCUCAAGGCAAUAACUUGUGUUAUGUGUUUUUUUUUUUUCAAAAUAUGGUUUACCUUUUUUUCGUAUUUUCUAACCUUUUUGUAUUGUUGUUAUAUAAACUGUAAGCCUGCGCAUGUUGUUUGAAUUUGUACUCAGUCUGUGGUGACAUGUUUUUGUAGUAUUGUUAGAAGGUUUGAAUUUGAUUAAAACAUCAACUCUAUUUCCAGUAUUAUUAUGUUCAAAAUAAUAAUAAAAAACUCAAUUUCCCGUGAGCCUCACGUACAACACCGCAAGUAG